AUGCCCGCUUUGUCGCCAACAAUGACUCAGGGUAACCUGUUGAAGUGGCACAAGGCUGUUGGGGACCAAUUGGCCCCAGGUGAAUCCAUCGCCGAGGUCGAGACCGACAAGGCAUCCAUGGACUUCGAGUUCCAGGAGGAUGGUUUCCUGGCCAAGAUCUUGGUUGACGAGGGUACCGAGGAUAUUUUGGUGAACAAGCCAAUUGCCGUUUACGUUGAGAACAAGGACGACGUUGCUGCUUUUGCAGACUUCACUGUCGAGGAUGCUGGCGAGACUGGUGCCGCUCCAGCAGCCGCUCCAGAGGCUCCAAAGGAGGAGAAGAAGGAGACUGCUUCUGCUGCACCAGCUGCACCAGCUGCAACUCCCAAGUCGUCGUCUGGCUCUGUUGACCGUAUUCUCGCCUCUCCAAUCGCCAAGACAAUUGCUUUGGAGAGAGGUAUCUCUUUGAAGAACGUGACUGGAACCGGUCCACAUGGUAGAAUCACCAAGAAGGAUGUCGAGAGCUACAAGGAGCCAGCUCCAGCUCCAGCUCCAGCUGCUGCUCCAGCCGCUUCUGCCCCAGCGCCAGCUGCUGCCUCGGCCACUUACGAGGACAUUCCUUUGACUAACAUGAGAAAGGUCAUCUCCAAGAGACUGACCCAAUCUUCCCAGGAAGCCCCAGCAUACAUCGUUUCGUCUGCGAUCUCCGUCUCCAAGUUGCUCAAGUUGAGAGCAUCUCUCAACGCUUCUGCUGAGGACCGCUACAAGCUCUCUGUGAACGACUUGUUGAUCAAGGCCAUCGCCGUUGCUUCCAAGCGUGUGCCACAAGUAAACUCCUACUACCUGGAGAACGAGGGUGUCAUCAGACAGUUCAAGAACGUUGAUGUUUCCGUCGCUGUUGCCACUCCAACUGGUCUGAUCACUCCAAUUGUGAAGAACGCAGACUCCAAGGGUCUUGAGACCAUCUCCAACGAGAUCAAAGACCUUGGAAAGCGCGCAAAGGCUGGUAAGUUGGCUCCAGCCGAGUUCCAGGGUGGUACCAUCACAAUCUCGAACUUGGGAAUGAACCCAGCUGUUUCCAUGUUCACCUCGAUCCUGAACCCUCCUCAGAGUGCUAUCAUCGCCAUUGGAACCACCGAGAAGAAGGCCGUUCCAGACAAGGCCUCCGAGUUCGGCUUUGUCUUUGACGAUGUCAUCACCUUCACCGGUACCUUUGAUCAUAGAACUGUGGACGGAGCCUUGGGAGGUGAGUUCAUCAAGGCCCUGAAGAAGGUUGUUGAGAACCCAUUGGAGAUGUUGCUUUAA